GUAGGAACUAAUAGUAUGGGCGCCGCGGUUUCUUCCGGACCAUUAAACCAGGCGCACUUCCUGCACUGCUGAAACAAGCAAACUCACUCUGCUGCAAGAGGAGACGAUUCAGGAUGUUCCUGACAAGAUCAGAAUAUGACAGGGGUGUGAACACUUUCUCUCCAGAAGGAAGACUUUUUCAAGUGGAGUAUGCCAUCGAAGCUAUCAAGUUGGGCUCGACAGCCAUCGGCAUUCAGACGUCAGAAGGAGUGUGUCUCGCUGUGGAGAAGAGAAUCACCUCUUCCCUGAUGGAGCCCAGCAGCAUCGAGAAGAUCGUAGAGAUCGACGCUCACAUCGGUUGCGCUAUGAGUGGCUUGAUCGCUGAUGCUAAAACACUUAUUGACAAAGCGAGAGUGGAAACACAGAAUCACUGGUUCACCUACAACGAGACGAUGACGGUAGAGAGCGUGACGCAGGCCGUGUCGAACCUGGCUCUGCAGUUCGGAGAGGAGGACGCAGACCCCGGCGCCAUGAGCCGUCCCUUUGGAGUUGCCUUACUCUUUGGAGGUGUGGAUGAAAAGGGACCCCAGCUGUACCACAUGGACCCGUCGGGGACGUUCGUGCAGUGCGAUGCCAGGGCGAUCGGGUCAGCAUCCGAGGGCGCCCAGAGCUCUCUGCAGGAAGUCUACCACAAGUCCAUGACGUUAAAAGAAGCCAUUAAGUCUUCCCUCACCAUCCUGAAGCAGGUUAUGGAGGAGAAGCUGAACGCUACUAACAUCGAGCUGGCUACAAUAGAGCCCAACAAGACGUUCCACAUGUACACAAAAGAGGAGCUGGAGGACGUCAUCAAGGACAUCUAGAGCAGUUCUGCGCAGGCCUGACUGAUGUUCUCUGAUGUUCUCUGUGCGGAUGGAUAACAGCGAACGUAACAGCAGCCUGGCUGCUUUUUUUCCAGCCCGGAGUCCACUCUUUAUACUGUUUUUUUUUUUCUUUUCCUCUGUCAAUUCAGGAUACACAAUUAUUUCUACAGUUCUGUACAUGCCACAGAACAUCAAUACUUGCAGUGGAGUGAAAAAAAGAAGGGGGCGGGGGGUAUGUUUUUUUGUUACAAAUCAAUGCGCUAAUAAAAUUGUAGUCAAGAAGAA